AAACGCCAGCCAGGACUUAGAGAGAGAAACAAUACACGCCGAACACAUCAACACAAUCACUCCAUUAUAUACACACACGUAUAUCUAAUUCAAUUUUCUUCUACAGAGAAAUCUAUCUCCGUCCGUACGCCGACGUCGUUCCGGCAGGUCGUCUCCGUCGCCGUUUCUUCCUCCGCCGCAUUGUCUAUCAAUGGAGGAACAUUUGCUGUACGGAUCGAUUCUGGCGGCGUUGCUAGGGUUUGUUCUGGCGUACGCUUUGUUUUUUAGGCGAAACGGCGGCGUUUGCGAGGCCGAGAAAAGCGCUAAUACGACUACCGCCGUUGCACGAGAAUGCGGAUCUAGAAACGGCGACGGAGAUGACGCCGAUGUCAUAAUUGUCGGCGCCGGCGUUGCCGGCGCCGCGCUCGCUCACACACUUGGCAAGGAUGGGCGUCGGGUACGUGUAAUUGAAAGAGACUUGACAGAGCCUGAUAGGAUCGUUGGAGAACUUCUACAACCAGGUGGCUACCUGAAGUUGAUUGAAUUAGGACUGGAAGAUUGUGUGGAGGAAAUUGAUGCUCAACGAGUGUUUGGUUAUGCUCUUUUCAAGGACGGAAAGAGUACUAGACUCUCUUAUCCUUUAGAGAAAUUUCACUCUGAUGUGUCUGGUAGAAGCUUUCACAAUGGACGGUUUAUCCAAAGAAUGCGGGAAAAGGCUGCAGCUCUUCCCAAUGUUCAACUGGAGCAAGGAACUGUCACAUCUCUGCUUGAAGAAAAUGGAACUAUCAAAGGUGUACAAUACAAGACAAAAACUGGUGAAGAAAUGAGUGCAUAUGCUCCAUUAACUAUUGUCUGCGAUGGAUGCUUUUCAAACUUGCGACGAAAUCUUUGCAGCCCAAAGGUGGAAGUGCCAUCUAGUUUUGUUGGUUUGAUCCUGGAGAAUUGCCAACUACCACAUGCAAACCAUGGGCAUGUUAUCUUAGCAGACCCAUCACCUAUCUUAUUUUAUCCAAUCAGUAGCACAGAAAUUCGUUGCUUGGUUGAUGUUCCUGGUCAAAAGGUGCCUUCAGUCUCAAACGGCCAAAUGGCCACAUAUUUGAAGACUGUCGUUGCUCCUCAGAUUCCUCCAGAGCUUCAUGAUGCCUUCAUUGCUACAGUUGAUAAAGGAAAAAUAAGGACAAUGUCAAACAGAAGCAUGCCGGCUGCUCCUCAUCCUACUCCUGGGGCAUUGCUUAUGGGAGAUGCAUUUAACAUGCGCCAUCCAUUAACUGGUGGCGGUAUGACUGUUGCCCUUUCUGAUAUUGUUGUCCUACGCAAUCUUCUAAGACCUCUCACUGACAUGAACGACGCUUCUACUUUAUGCAAAUAUCUUGAAUCGUUUUAUACAUUGCGCAAGCCUGUGGCAUCCACCAUCAACACACUAGCUGGUGCUCUGUACAAGGUAUUCUGUGCCUCCCCUGAUCAAGCAAGGAAGGAAAUGCGUGAGGCCUGCUUUGACUAUCUUAGCCUUGGAGGUGUUUUCUCAGAAGGACCAGUAUCCUUGCUGUCUGGUUUAAAUCCUCGCCCAUUAAGCUUGGUUGUCCAUUUCUUUGCUGUGGCAAUAUUUGGUGUAGGCCGCUUGUUACUGCCGUUCCCUUCACCUAAACGGAUGUGGGUUGGAGCUAGAUUGAUCUCCAGUGCAUCAGGGAUCAUUUUCCCCAUAAUCAAGGCAGAAGGAGUUAGGCAGAUGUUCUUCCCUGCAACAGUACCUGCGUAUUACAGAGCACCUCCAUCUUGUUGACGCUAAAAAGUUCUGAUCUGAAUGCAACUAAAGAUAUCAACAAUCUUUUCUGUGUUUCUUAAGGUUGUUUUCUUUUCAGUUUCUUCUCUAAUGAGCAUGUGUAAAGUCCAAGUUAAAUGCAAAUUUUGUCCUAUUGGUUUCUUGA